AUGUAUUUUAAGAAUGGUUACAAUUUACAAAGCUUUAUUAAAAGUGAAUAUCUGAUUAAUCAUACAGUAACCGUUCAUAAAAACAAUCGUGAACAUUUUCUUGGCAAAGAUUCAAAGAAAGCAGACGACAAGGAAGAUGAAAUUACUGUAGAAAGUGGGGAAUGUAAAGGAAUAAAGUUUGCGCCUCAACUUAUUGAUGAGACUUCUUGGUUUCCUGUUGACGAGAGAAAAACUAUGUUUGUAUUUUCCGCUUUCUAUAUCAAAGGAAGAAAAAAAGUUUUCAUUAUUGGAGCAAAACAAAUGGUCUCUGCUAUCACUAUAUGCCAGUAUUGGUACCAGAAUGAAAGCUCGGGAGAAAUGUUCGUGAAGGAAAAACCGAGCACGGUCAGCAUGCCGAGGGAAGGUCAAAAUAAAAAAUAUACGUCUACAAUAUUUGAGUGCGGCCUGGGAACAUCUCGGAUGCCAUCGUACAUUUCUGUAGUAACGAAAUCUUGUGAAACUCCAUUAAAUAUACUCCGAGUGAAGAAUGUAUCAAAACCGGAACGAUACAAAAACCGAUUUGCUGUCUGUCUUUCGCCAUUAUACUUUAAUUACAGUCGUGCAUAUGAACUCGUGGAAUGGAUUGAACUCAACAGGAUACUUGGAGCUGAGAAGUUCGUGAUUUACAACAUCUCUACUUCCAUCAAUGUAAAUCAAGUGCUUGCAUAUUAUUCAAAACGAGGCUUAGUGGAAGUUGUGCAAUGGCGGUUACCAAUGAGAGUCGCUACAUAUCCAAGGUCAAAGGAACCAAUAGAAAUUCAUUACUUUGGCCAGACAGCUGCUUUGAAUGAUUGUUUAUUUCGAAGUAAGGGUGACUCUGAAUAUCUAGUUAAUGUUGAUCUGGAUGAAUUCAUUAUCCCUCAUGGAAAUAAUCUAUUUAACUGGACCGACACUAUCAAGCCGUUUGCAGAAAAAUCCAAUGUAUUUCUUUUUAAAAGUACAUAUUUUAGAAAAGAAUGGGAAAAUAAUAUAACUGGUCUUCCAGACAAAGAUCUGAUUGAAAAAUUAAAAUUAGUAACACUUCAAAUAUAUGAACACGAAGGUAGAAUUUUUCCUGCAAGACAUCGAUCAAAAUAUAUAGCACAUACAGCUUCUGUUGAUAGAAUCCUAAUACAUGAAGUUCAAGCUGCCAGGACAGAAGUAAUACCAGAUUAUAUCGGACUUGUACACCAUUAUAGAAACUGGUUUAAUCAGAAGGAUAGACGUGGCGAGGUCAAGGAUUAUACCGUUCAGCAAAAGUUUGGGACAAAUCUGAUAAAACGGGUGCAAAAUGUGUGGAAUGAUCUCGUUGGAGUGAAAAUGGAAAUAACCAGCCAGUAAAAAUUUCUCGUCGUAGUUAGUACUGAUGUCAAAACAAGUCAGUCUGAACAAGGCUCAGUAAAAUAACAGCAAAAUCUUAAUUGCUAAACGUCAACAGUCAAAAUGAAUUUCAUAUAAAUUAGCGUAACAUUUUAUUAAAUAUGAACAUUCCAUAUGAGCCGCGCUAUGCCAACAUAAAAACAACACAGUGCGUUUGCGACCAGCAUGGAUACAGAACAACCUGCGCGUCUGCGCAGUCUGGUCAGGAUCCAUGUUGUUCGCGUUCAAGCCCUAGAAUUAGAGAAACUGUUAGCGAACAGUAUGGAUCUUGACCAGACUGCUAUGUUAGUUUUCUCAUGGCACGGCUCAUAUAUCCUCGUUUAUGCAGUUCCCACCUGCACAAAGUCAUGUUGUUACGUUUUGUACUUUAAAAAGAGUAUUUCCAUCGUCUAUGUUACUAUUUGACUUGAUUAUCAUAAAUAAACUGAACACUAAUUUCUAAUCAGAUCUUAGGAAAGGUGAUCACUUGCUGUAAUGUAAAUGACUGUCGGGUUAUUGAAAUACAGCCAAAUAUGUAUAUUAUGCUAUGCAAUUAAGAAAGGAAAAACUCACAUAUAUUGCUGCUUCUUAAUGAUUAAUAUAUAUAUUUAGAACCUUUAGUUAUAUUUACUGUAUAUUUUGUGAUAUCUUGGCCAUCCUUUUUAUUUCUGUAAAUGGCCAAAGGUAUAUUGUAUAUGCCUAUAUGC